UUUAGCAUGACGAAAUGUUUUGUUUCUGCUCUCUCUAAAUGGGUUUCUUGAGCUAACAGAUACAUCCACGAAGGCAGACACUUCUCAGGUCACUUGGCAACAUACUAUCAAGUUUGAACUGGCUUCAAACAUCCGGAAAAUAAGUAAUCCAUUACUGUGUGCCUUUAUUUUACAAGGUUGUGUUAUCUUACGUCCUUAUGGAAGUGCAUUUUCCUGCUGCAUUAGUAAUAUCUCUAUCAAAAUGUGCAUGUAAUAUUAUGAAUUGUACUUCAAUGAAAAGGCUCUUUAAACUUCAGUUUAUUCUUUAGUGAAAAUAACUUUUAAAAGUACCUAAACACGGGGUUGUUCUGCUUUCAGAAGUGGGUAAAUCAUUUAAUGUCAAGCAAUGGUAAUUCCGAGCUUCAGUUAAGAGUGUCAUCUACAGUAUAUAUCUCAUGCACAGAGGUCUGUUCAAAAUGUUCUUCUUUCUACUGCUUUUUCCUUCCCAUUAAGUCAUUAUUUACACCCUAGUGUAUGUGUAUAUAUGCAAAUUGCCUGUUCAAGCCUUGGACCCCUGCUGCUUAUACUUUGUUACCUGUACAUUGAGUUAUCUAAUUUGCUUUUGCAAUCAUUGUUAAUCAUUGUACACAGGAGCUUAGUGUUCAUGGUGUAGAGUAGUUUAUCAUACUUCAGUGAUAGACUUUUUUAAACCAACUUUUGGUGUACAUGACAGCUAUUAAUGAUUAGAGUUCUUAUUUUAAAAAAAAAGUCAGAUACUGUAAAGGCUUUUCUGGUUUUGGGAUUUGCUUUUAAACUCCUUACAGUGACCUUUACUUCCAUACAAGAAGACAAAGCCAUGGGGAAUACAAGCAGUGAGAGGGCUGCCAUGGGCCAGGGGGAGAAGGCUCAGCGGAGGGACAGCCGGGGAAACAAGGAGGGAGAGAGGCCAAAGAUCCUGAUGGACAGUCCAGAGGAUGCAGAUAUUUUUCAUGGUGAAGACAUGAAAGCUCCUUUAGAGAAAGAAGAGUUCCUUGCAUGGCAACAAGACUUAGAAGCAGAUGACAAAGGGCCAACUUUAGAUCGGCCAACAGUAUUUCGCUGGACUGGAGAUGGCAAAGAGGUUUUCCUCUCUGGAUCCUUCAAUAACUGGGCCAACAAGAUUCCCCUUAUAAGAAGUCAGAACACCUUUGUUGCCAUUGUCGAUCUACCUGAAGGGGAGCACCAGUACAAGUUUUAUGUGGAUGGCCAGUGGACCCAUGACCCUGCUGAGCCUGUUGUAACAAGCCAGAUGGGGACAGUCAACAACAUCAUCCAGGUGAAGAAAACUGACUUUGAGGUGUUUGAUGCUCUAAUGGUAGACUCUCAGAAGUGCUCUGACAUGUCAGACCUCUCCAGUUCUCCUCCAGGGCCGUAUCAUCAGGACGCUUAUGUUCCUAAGCAAGAAGAGAAGUUUAAGUCUCCACCCAUACUCCCGCCUCACCUACUUCAGGUUAUCCUCAACAAAGACACUGGGAUUUCUUGUGAUCCUGCAUUACUACCUGAGCCCAACCAUGUCAUGCUUAACCACCUCUAUGCUCUUUCAAUUAAGGAUGGAGUGAUGGUGCUCAGUGCAACACAUCGAUACAAGAAGAAGUAUGUUACUACUUUACUAUACAAGCCUAUCUGAAUGAAGAGAGACAUUAUAAUCCUGUCCAAGUUGGUUUACUGUACACUGAGUGUACAAUAUAUCAGCCCAGCUUUCCCCCCUCCCUAUCAUGGAGAAAGAAGGCAAAUCCAGGUCAUGAGUUAAACCUGCUGAAGAAUCUAUGUCAUGACUUGAAGUGGUACAAAUCUGUUUUAGAGGUCAUUUAAAUGACUUCAUUCUUGACUUGUACUACAGUGUCCUGUAAUUUAAUGCAUGGGAAUUUGCAUUUUUUUAAUCCCAACUUGUGAAGUCCAGUCAUCUUAAUGCGAAUCUUCAAUCUAUCCAUCUCCAUCCAGAGGAUCUGGAAUAUAUCUUGUACACUCAGUGUAUGCCCAGGUGUUAUACUCAUCCCUUGAGGAUGAUAAACUCACUCAGUAACCCCAACCCUGCAUAUUCUGCCUUUAUUUGUUCACUGCUUGCCAUUUAGAACUACACACCUUUGCUUUGUAGAAAUAGGCAGUAGUAAGGUAGAACUCAAUGUCUCAGAUAAAAACAGCCAUAAAUGUGCUGGAAAGGGUUUGGUCCAGGUGAAAUCAGACUGAAAGUCCUUAAACCAUUUCAGUGGUAAAGGGGACAGCAGCGACACGAUCAAGACUGUGAAUAUAAAAGGUCCAAGAAUAGAAAAAGCACUGAAGUAGUUCUCCACUGUUUUCAUUUGUAUCUUUAUCUUGAGAAUUCAAGUUUAUUUAUAAUCACAAAGCGCACAAUAAUCAGUUUCUGUAAUAUGUGAAGUAUUUGGUGAUGUAUAUUUUUUUCUACGUGGUUUAUGAUGUAAUUAAUUUUGUGUCAAAUACUCCACCUUUUUUUAAAAAUAAAUAUUUAGAUUCAAUCUUGUGGUCAAAACAAUUUCCUUUAAGACUUGAGAGGGACUUUUUUCGGCAGAUUAUUAUGGGGUGUUAAGCCAAGCUUAUUAUUGAUAAAACACAAAUAUUUUAGUUUUUAGAAUAAUCUGGCCUUAUUAAUAAAUGCUUUACUAGUUUUGCACUAGAAUGGUUAACAUUUAUGUGGAGAGUAGAGUAUGCAUACAGUGUAUGUUUGCUCGCAGUAAUGAAUCAUGAGAAUUAAUCUGAUCCUUUAAAGGUCUAAACAGAUUAAGUGUUCUUUAUACUGACAUUACAAGAGAGUAAUUUAAGCGUUACAGCAGAUGGUUAAGCCAAUAUGAAGUUGUUGGUUGUUCUUUGGAAUAAUGUCAAUCUUAAUGGCAGUGAUUUCUUGUUAAGAUGAGCUCAUAGUUGACAUUAAAGACAACAGAUAAAUUGUCACCUAUUUUUUGGUCAGUAAAGCUUGAAUUAAACACUGGCUUGAAAAGUUGGAGCACAAAUGAGCAAAUGAAGGGACCAGCACAGGAUUACAAGUUGGAGCAGUUCUGGAAGUUUUUCUUUUUUCCCCAAAAAGGUAUAUUUACUGGUCCAUGUGCAUUUAGUUCAUGAAUAAUCAUGUAGCAUUUAUUCACAUCAGUGAUUCAUUCACACCUAUGUUAAGGUGCAAUUUUGAUGAACAAAUGACACAAUGAUGUAUCUAUUUUUGUUUUAAGCUAUAGGCCAGUAGCGGCUGACAAUUUCUUCAGCAGAAGGCUGCUUCACUGAUUUGUCAUAAUUAUUAUAUUAAAUGUAUUUAUGCUAAAAAUACUUGUAUUUAAAAUGAAUUGCAGUGUCAUUUAAAAUGUUGCUGAUCAUUUGAACCAAGCUGGUGUUCAGACAGUUUCCUUUUUGAGAAACAUUUGUAUUAAACAUGAAUUUGAAAAUG